AUGUGGAAAGUGCAGGACCAGGCUGUGGUGCACAUUUUGAGAGGCGUAUGGCUAGCUGUUGACAGCCAUAGGUUUAUUAUAUAUUUGCUUUUUACUCGCACCAUCACGUUUAAACCAGAAGACGACUUUUUAGGUGAAGUUGCUGACGAGAAAGGAUCGAUCAUGAGCUAUCAUGGAAGAAACUUUAAGAAGACGCUGGUCUGCCUGUGA